AUGGCUGGUAGUUCAAAUAAUCCAUUAAUUGUUGAAAGACUUGAAAAUGAAAAUAAAGGAAUUGUUUUAAUAAAAAUGACAAAUCCUUCUACUAAAAAUGCUCUUUCAAAGUUAAUGGUUAAACAAUUAAUUGAAAAUUUAGAUAAUCUUAAAUUUGACAAAGAAGCUCGUGUAGUUAUAUUAAAAAGUGAUGUUCCUGGAGCAUUUUGUACAGGAGCUGAUUUGAAGGAAAGAAAAUUGAUGUCUCCUGAAGAGGUUCCUAAAUUUGUCGACACUCUACGACAGAUGACUGUUAAAUUUUCUUCACUACCUAUUCCUGUGAUUGCUGUUGUUGAUGGUUACGCUUUGGGUGGUGGUUUAGAAGUUGCUUUAUCAUGUGAUGUUCGAGUUGCUGGAUACAAGGCUAAAAUGGGUUUGACUGAAACUAAAUUAGCUAUUAUUCCUGGUGCUGGUGGUACUCAGAGAUUAUCACGAAUAGUUGGACCUGCCAAAGCAAAAGAAUUAAUCUUAACUGCUCGAAUAAUUGAUGGUAAAGAGGGUGAAAAAAUUGGUCUAGUAAAUUGUUGUGUUCCAAAUCCCGAUGAUGAAGCAUUGGAAAUGGCUAAACAAAUUUUAAAGACGGGUCCUAUUGCUUCAAAAUUAGCCAAACUUGCUAUUAAUGAAGGAAUUGAAGUAAGUUUAAAUCAAGGAUUUACUAUUGAACAACAAUGUUAUGCUCAAGUAAUUCCAACAAAAGAUAGAGUAGAAGCAUUAGCCGCUUUUGCUGAAAAAAGAGAACCAAUAUUUAAGGGUGAAUAA